AGUUGGCAUUGUGUCGUGUCCUAUUUGUGUUUGUGCAUGUGAAAAGUGAAAAUAAAACGAAGAUACAUGAUCUCAGUGAUUUUACUCUUGCAAUGUACUGUGUCUCCUGACUCUCCCUUCUUUUUUUUUUCUUUCUCUGUUUGUGCUGUUGCAGCAGUGUGAAUCUGUUACAGCUUAGAUGCCCUGUACACGACACAGAAAAAUAAAAUCCCAUUCAACUUGCGGUACCAGACAACAAUUAUGCCACUCUACAGCCCACAAUUUUUUUUUAAAAAAAAGAUUAUUUUUUUGCCCCUCUCUCUCUGUCUUUCUGUCACACUCUCUCUUGAUUUCUCUCUCUUAACUGCAUUCCCCUCUCUCUGUCUUGUGCUUCAAUUUUAGUCAGCUUGAAUUGAAUUUCCCUUCAGCUGGAGUGGAACCAUCAAUCAAAAGAAUAUAAAGGGUCCCUUGUUUUUGUUUACAUGUACAUACAUAUAUAUAUACUACUACUAUGGGUAUAUUUAUGGUGAUGAUUUUGAAUUGGGGUGUUUGGUGGAGGUGGUAAUAAACCUGAUAGUGUGUUGUGUCUGUCGGCGCAAGGUCACUUUCUGUCGGCAUUGUCUGUAUCCACUAUCCAACGAUGAUACGCUUCUGAGAGAAAGAGAGAGAGAAAAAAAAGGAGUAUUUUUUUCUAUCAAUAAAAUUAAUAAAAAGUACAACGAAGAUAGAGAGGUUUUAGUUUUACUUCUGGGUUUUCAUUGCUUACAGAGUGCCUCUACCUUUCAAAGAGCAUAUUCAUAUCAGCCCUUGACCUUGUCUCUGGAGCCAAGCCAACUGAGACUUCAAUCCUGAUCUGAAGGGUCUUUUUUCUUUCUUUGGUUUUGAUUUUGAACCCCACUUUCCACAUUUGCAUCUUGUGUGGAAUCCUAGAACAUCUUGGUUUGGUUGUUGUCAGAUUUGUGUUGAGAGGGUGGAGAAUUGGUUCAUAUGAGGGAAGGAGGAGGGGGUUUGUGGGUCAAUCUUGAUUUCCGUGAGUGGCAUUGGAAGCUUCUUCAAAGUGUCAUUGGUAAAUGAAGCUCAGGCUUUCUGAGAUCCUGCCUCAUUAUUUAUCUUGUGAUAUAGGUCUGGAGAUUUGACAAAAAGUUUCAUGUAUAAUAAUAGUUCAUAUAAAUUUGUACAGCAUAAGUGAAGGGAUUCCCACACCAGAUGUCAAGUACUCUUGCAGCAUUAUUUGGAGGAGCUGCAGGAGCCGUGGCAUUGGUAGGGAUUGCUAUAAUACUUAUAUGGUUUUGUUUGUCUCGCCAAAGGAAUGUUUCUAGGACUUCAGAGACAGGGUCCUCUGAUCCUUCUCAAGUGGGAAGACAUGGUGCAAUUGAGUUGCCUAUACGAGAUACUAGGCGAUUUGAGAUGGAAGAACUAUCUCUGGCCACAAAAAAUUUCAGUGACAAGAAUUUGAUUGGGGAAGGGAAAUUUGGGGAGGUAUACAAGGGUUUACUUCAAGAUGGGAUGCUUGUAGCUAUCAAAAAACGCCGUGGACUUGCUAGUCAGGAAUUUGUUGAUGAGGUACACUAUCUCUCAUCUAUUCACCAUCGGAAUCUUGUCAGUCUUUUAGGCUACUGCCAGGAGAACAAUCUGCAGUUUCUUAUAUACGAAUAUGUGCCUAAUGGAAGCGUCUCCAGUCACUUGUAUGGUGCCGGUCAAAACCCGCAAGAGAAGCUAGAAUUCAAGCAUAGACUUUCAAUAGCUCAAGGUGCAGCUAAAGGUUUGGCUCAUCUUCACUCUUUGAGUCCCCGUUUAGUGCAUAAGAAUUUCAAAACCACUAAUGUUCUUGUGGAUGAAAACUUCAUUGCUAAGGUGGCGGAUGCUGGACUUCGCAAUUUUUUGGGGAGAGUUGACAUUGCAGGCUCCUCUUCUCAAGUGGCAACAGAUGAAAUAUUCCUUGCAUCAGAGGUGAGAGAGUUCAGACGAUUUUCUGAAAAGAGCGAUGUAUACAGCUUUGGGGUAUUUUUGCUGGAAUUGUUAAGUGGGAAAGAAGCAAUAGAACCACCAUUUCCGGACUCUAAUCAAAAUCUGGUUGAAUGGGUACUAAGCAAUCAAGACCGUGGCAUGAUGUCUUACAUCAUUGAUCGGAGAUUGGAGAGUAGUUUUACAGCUGAAGGAAUGGAAGAGUACAUCUUGCUCAUAAUUAGAUGCUUAGAUCCUUCAAGUGAGAGGCGACCUGCCAUGAGCUAUGUGGAAAUGGAACUUGAUCGGAUCCUAGAGAAGGAAAUGAACUUGACAACAGUCAUGGGAGAAGGAACUCCAACUGUGACUCUUGGAAGUCAAUUAUUCAAAUCAACAAAAUAAAAAAAAAAAAGGUAUUGUUGUCUUAAAUUGUUACGUAUCAUAUAUUAUAUAUUACAUUUGUGCAUUAUAUAUUUGCUUUAUGAUUUUUCCCUAAGUGCAUACCAGAGAAUAGGGCCAGCUGCUUCCUAAGUGUAAAAAGAGCAGUUGUAUCCCCCCCCCCCCCCCUCUAUUUUUCUUUUCUUCUUUUCAAUGGGCCAGUGAAAAGCUGUAUUCUUUUCUUUCUGAUUUUUUCCUUCAUAAGUGUAUGUGAUCUCUUGUAAACCAUUAUUUAUUGUUAAUAUGACAGUGAAGAUUGGGUUGGUGUGGUAAACUAUUUAUCA